ACUGCUGUUUAACUGAUGUAAAAACCAACAUCCUUUUUUUUAAUAAAAUGAUAUUGUAAGUGGAACAGGAUAUAUUUUGCUUGGUACCUGUUUGAGGUUAUCAGAUGGCUUUAGUAGACACAUCCUGUGCUGUGAGACUUUUAACCACAUUAUUACCCAGGUCCCUCUCAUCACUAGCCUCUUGCUCCCAUAUCUAACUUACUGAGAAGUGAAACUACACAUUUACUGAGAAGGACAUACGAAAACACAUGUAUUUUCAGCUGCAAGUCAUGUAAAUGAACUGUAUGCUCACUGUAUGAUUUAGUUUUCAAUUAAAUUUUGUACUUUAAACCUAGAAGUAUUUUAACAGUGACAGGAUAAAAUGUAAACAAAUGAGAUACUGAACUAGGUUAAGUGUGUGUGUGUGUGUGUGUGUGUGUGUGCGCGUGUGUGCGUGCGUGUGUUAGAGAGAGAGAGCGAGGGAUAGCACAUCAGCACGUGUAGCUCCUCCCCAGUAUUCUUUGGUUCUAUUUUGAUGGAUGGUGAUAAGUCAUCAGCACAUACGGUGUGAUUUUUCACAUGCAGGCAAUUUCCAUAUCAUUCAGUGUCAAAUUCAAGGGGUUUUAGCUCACGGCCAGUAAAGACUUAUUUAAAGUUAGGGCUGCACCAAACCCUGAGCAAUUCUCUUCCAAAACCUGCACUCAUUAUGAGAAAGAUUCUAUACCUGAUGGUCCCCAUGAACGGACUACUCGCUGACUUUGUUGAGGGGAAUCAAGACUGCACUUCAUGUUACCAGUUGGACACUGGAGUAGCUUUUGGGAUCAUCACUUGUGACAUCAUCCUCACACUCCUCAUUGCUCUCUCAGUCUAUUGUUUCUUUUCCCAUCAGAAAAGAAGAGGCAGUUUACAUACACAUGCCAGAUACUGUGGGUCAGGUAGAGCAAAAACUCACCAGCCAUCGAUAAAGACAAAGACAAUUGAAAUGGAAUCACCUUAUCAGGAGCUUUCUGGAGUCCAGUCAGACAUAUACAGUGAUCUUCAGCAGUAUCGGAAAUGAGGUGACCAUGUGAAAUGUAAUAUUAAUCGUGGGUCGUGUGAAAACCUAAGAAUAUCUGGAGGUUGCAUACAUUUCUAAACUGUGUCACAAUUAUGUAUUUGGCAUAAGCUACAAUAAUUGAUUUAUACAAAAAGAUUUUUCUUUGAAUCCAUGUGAUUGGUCAUGUGGAUUAAAAAUCAUGAAUAUUAAUAUAUUUUCAUAGUUUGUGGAAAGGAAAAAUUAUCUUCAAGAAUUGGUAAUUUUUACUAUCACUGUAAAAAUUUGUUUUCAUCUGUCAUAUUUUUUUAUUUAUUCAAAAGCUUUGUAAUGGAGUUAGGUCAGAAUAUUAUUCCC